UCCUCGUGCGCAUCAGAAGCGUUAUUUGAGAAAUAUCGUUUUCAGCGUAAUGCUUGUGAUGAAGACAACAUUGCAGACUUUGAAAUCCGAUAUUUAGAACGAAAGUAAUUUAUUUGUCUUGUCUAAAUGAAUACCCGUCUAGUUUAAACUAAUUUCGGACCGUAAAAGUCACCCCCAGGCUUUAUUAACGGCACCGGUGAAGAUGCUUCUCUGUCUCGGAGCGUUAGCCUUCCUCGCAGCGUUGUGGGUCUCCGUGACUGCUGGUAGGAGCUGCGCCGAGUCGCGGCAGGUUUACGGGGAGCGGGGAUACAGUCUGAGCACUGCCCCACUCAUUCAAAUCUCUGGGGAGCACUUACGACUCUGUCCUCGGGACUACACCUGCUGCACCAGCCUGAUGGAGGAGACACUAGCACACCAGAGUGAGGCUGACUUCCUGUCUGCUAUUGAGGACACAAGUCAAUUCCUGCAGACAGGCUUCACUCAAAGACGCCACAAGUUUGAUGAGUUUUUCCAGGAGCUGAUAGACGUGGCAGAGAAGGAAAUGAAUCUGAUGUUCACUAAGACAUAUGGCCAUCUAUAUAUGCAGAAUGCAAACCUCUUCAAACAGUUAUUCACAGAGCUGCGACGCUACUACUCAGGUUGGAGUGUUUGUGUAUCAGAGGUGCUGUCUGAUUUCUGGGAGGCUCUGGUGGAGAGGGUAUUUUCCCUGGUGAAUCCACACUAUCAGUUCAGUCAGGAGUACCUGGAGUGUGUGAGUAAACAUGGGGAGCAGCUACAGCCAUUUGGAGACCUGCCAAGAAAACUCCACACACAGUUGACUCGUGCCUUUAUUGCUGCAAGGGCUUUGGUUCAAGGGCUGGCCAUAGGCCGUGACCUCAUUAACAAAGCAGUCAAGCUGAGCAUCAGCUCUGAGUGUGUUGGUGCGCUGAUGCGGCAGUGGUAUUGUCCACUGUGUCGUGGAAUGCCUGGCCUCAAAUCCUGCCAUUCACUCUGCCUCAAUGUAAUGAAGGGCUGCCUUGCCAAUCAGGCAGACUUAGACUCGGAAUGGAACAAUUUUAUUGACUCCCUAAUUUCUCUGGCUGAGAGGUUGGCAGGGCCAUUUAACAUGGAACUGGCUGUUGACUCUGUUGCUGUGAAAGUAUCUGAGGCUAUCAUGCACAUGCAGGAGAACAGCAUCACUAUUUCCACCAAGGUCUUUCAGGGCUGUGGAAACCCUCGUCCAGCACCUGGCAGAAACAAACGCUCACCUAGAGAACGAGAGAAAAAAAGAGAGAAUGAAAGAGAGAGAGAGAAAGGCAGCAGGAAGCCAUUCAGAACAUACAGCUCAGAGGAGAAGCCAACUACUGCUGCAGGAACAAAUUUGGACAGGCUGGUGCUGGAGCUGAAAGAGCAUCUGAGACCUAUGAGGGGAUUCUGGGUUUCAUUGCCACAUACCAUAUGUAAUGAUGACAAGAUGGCUGCUGACGUCACCAAUGAAGACCGCUGCUGGAAUGGUCAGACUCGUGGGAGGUAUCUGCCAGAUGUUAUGGGUGAUGGAUUGGUGAAUCAGAUUAAUAACCCAGAGGUGGAAGUAGACAUUGCUCGGCCCGAUGUCAGAACACGGCAGCUUAUUAUGGAGCUCCGAGUUGCCAUCAAUCGCCUCAGACAUGCACAUAGUGGACAAGAUGCUGAGUUCAUGGAUGUUGAUGCAGAGGACAGCAGUGGAUCUGGAGAAGGGAAGGACCGGUACAGCGAUGAUUGGCCUGGCUUGUAUUCCUCUCCACUCCGCCCAAGCCAUGCCCACAAACCACUUCGCCCCAAUGACAGGAGUCCCAACAAGUGGAAUCGUGCUAUUGAACCAAUCAGAUCAGCUUUCCAGAGAGAUCCUCCUUCUUCUUCCUUACUCUCUCUCUCUUUUUUGCCCCUAUCUCUUACCCUCCAGUGGAGAUAGUGAGGUAUUGCAGUUUGCUUUGAAAUCAAGAUCACUGAAUUAUGCUGAAACACUGUGGACUAUGCAGAAGUCUUCAUCUUCGAAUAAAAACUUAAAGUCUGUGAGCACAAAAGCAAGUAGAGGUCAGAGAAACUCUAAAGAGGGUAAAGAGAGAAUGAGAGGGAACCAGACAGAGUGGCAGAGAGAAAGAUGGAUUGAGGGAGGGAUGAAAUGAUUAAAGGAGGCAGACAUGGAUAAACUCUAUUCUUUCUACUAUGUGUGAUCACUAGCUGCAGGAAAAGUCUGUGGUUCAGUUUUGUAGGUGAUAACUCAUUGUGAAUUUGAACAUCCUUGUGCAUUGAUAAUCUCACUA